UUGAUUGUGGACGAAAUGAUUUGUGAAUAUAUUGAUAGACCUGAUAGAGAUUGAUAGAGCUGAUUAAGUGGUAGUAGUUUGCAAUUUCGAAUUCUAAUUAAUAAAAGUUAGUUCGAUCAAGCUGAGUCAUCUUUCUCAGUAGUCAUAGAAACGUUACGCACACCCCCGAUGUUAUAUUACAAUCAAAGGGAUGAACGUGCACGAGAUUGUCGCUUUAGCAAGCCGCGACUUGACAGCCUGUUCGGUAAAUUAACAUAAUCGCGCAAAUUUGCCUCUUGACAAGUUAGAUUUUAAAAGUAAUGGAUCGAAAAUAUCAGAGAGUCGGUUUGGGCGUGGGUGCCUUUCACAAUCCCCCAAGAGCAAAAUAUAGUGAAGAAACCAGAAAUCUUAUUAAGGUUUUAAUGGAGGAAUCUAAACUAACAAUGUUGCAAAGGAAGACGAUCCAGGAAGCGGUUGACAAGGGCGAAUCCUUACCGUCUUCCAUUGAAAGGACGAAGAAGAGCAAAGAUAAAAUCGAAGAUAAUCGAGUUAAAUCGUCUAGUGCUUGGAGGAGACGUUCACAGGACACGAUUAUAAGCAGCGGUGCUUACGAGAGAGAACAAUACAGGAGGACAGUGCCUCUACCCAAUAAGGAAAAACAAAAACGUCACUUGGCAUGCAUGAUGGCUUAUGGAAAAGAUAUGCCAGAGACGCCUCAUGGUCCCAAGAUCCUUCAUAAGAUUAGACGAGAGCCACAAAUACCAGAAAGUAUGGAUUUUGUAAACGAUUUGGUACAAGGAAUUCGGGAGAGGAUGAAUUUUCUGCAUGACAUGGAAAAUCUUGGAAUGGCAAAAAAAUAUCGGCCUAUAAUACAACAGGAGAUAGCACAGAAGAUACGAAUGAUCGAGUCACUAGAUAAACAAACCUCGGAGGAAUUGCAAAAGGAAAUUUGCAAAUCUAAAUAUGAAAAACCACCGCCAAAACCAUUUCCGCUUGGAGAAUUAGAAGAAAAUUAAUCUCCAUAAAGUAAUUCAACCGU